GUUCGCAGAAAUUCUGCCUUUUACUUUAUCCUCGCCUCCUCCAAAGCAAACAACAUCCCUGCACCGGCAACAACCUCUACAGUCACAACAUCAUGGCUCCACACGCAGAAGAGAUCAAGGGCGAGGCCUCCAACGGCCAGACUGUUCCCGUCAACGAUGGCACGGCACCUCUGGAACCCGGUGUCAAGAAGGAGUUCGCCAAGGGCAAGAUGGUGGAUUUCCCAAGACCACCAAAGUUCGACGACAAAUACAAGGAGCGCGACUACCUCAAGGGCCGCCUCGCAGCCGCCUUCCGCAUCUUCGGCAAGUACGGCUUCGACGAGGGUGUGGCCGGCCACAUCACUCUCCGCGACCCCGUCGACCCGGACUGCUUCUGGGUGAACCCUUUCGGCGUGGCCUUUUCGCUCAUCAACAAGUCCGAUCUGAUCCUCGUCAACCACGCAGGCAAGGUCAUCGAUGGCGGCGAAUGCCGUCUGCUCAACACCGCCGCGUACAUGAUCCACGCUGCUGUCCACGCCGCUCGUCCGGAUGUCAACUGCGCAGCGCACAGCCAUUCGAUGUAUGGCCGGACAUGGUGCUCGUUGGGACGCAAGAUCGAUACGCUCACCCAGGAUGCGUGUGCGUUCCACAAUGACCAUGUGGUUUAUGACAGCUUCAAUGGUAUCGUGCUUGCUGAGAAGGAAGGCAAGGACAUUGCUGCCUGUUUGGGCAACAAGAAGGCUGCGUUGCUGCAAAACCACGGUCUGCUUACUGUCGGCCAAACCAUUGAGGAGACAAUCUUCUGGUUCGUGUCCCUUGAGAAGUGCUGCCAGUCGCAACUCAUGGCUGAGGCGGCUGCCGCGUCGCGAGGCGAGAAGCCCAUCGUUGUCGGUGAGGAGGAGGCGGCGUACACUUACAAGUCUGUCGGCACCGGACGUGCAGGCUGGUUCAGCGCCAAGCCGAUGUUCGAUGUGAUUCACAAGGAGACCAACGGAGACUACUUGCAGUAGACGGGAGGCUGAGAUGCUAGGUAUUGCAAGUGUCCAGAACCAGACUGCAGUUGUAUGUAUGACAUUACGAGUUUUGCAUUGAUCCUCAG